AGCUUGAGUAAAUCAGAUAAGCAGUUAUUCGGGCACGCACGCAUGCACCCACCCUCUCUGCGUAUCUUACAAUUCGCCGCCGAUCCCUCUCUUACACUCUUCGCAUCUUUUUUUUUCCCUUUCUCCGUUCACCGGACCCCUCCCUUUCCUUGUCCCAACCAACCCAUUUCUCUACCAUCUUCCUCCUUCAAUUUUCCAUACCUGAGGCGCUUACUUGAUGUGUUUAUAAAUUAGGGUUUUUUUUUUAAUCCCCGUUUUUGAGCUUUUCCCAAAAUAUGCUUCCUUGGGGCGGCCUCAGUUGCUGCUUGAGCGCGGCUGCUCUCUAUCUUCUUGGCCGGAGCAGUGGCAGGGAUGCUGAGCUUCUCAAGACGGUUACUCGAGUUAAUCAGCUUACGGAAUUGGCGCAGAUACUCGACAUUGAAAGUAAAGUGCUUCCUUUAAUUGUUACAAUUUCUGGAAGAGUUGGCUCUGAGACGCCAAUUAAUUGUGAGCACAGCGGCUUAAGAGCUGUUAUAGCGGAGGAAACGGCUGAACAACACUUUCUCAAACACAAUGAUUCUGGUUCUUGGAUACAAGAUUCUGCUUUAAUGCUGGCUAUGAGUAAAGAGGUUCCAUGGUACCUCGAUGAUGGGACUGGCCGUGCAUAUGUAGUAGGAGCCCGAGGUGCUGCAGGUUUUGCACUAACUGUUGCAAGUGAAGUCUUUGAAGAAUCAGGACGAUCGCUUGUACGUGGAACAUUAGACUAUCUCCAAGGUCUCAAGAUGCUUGGAGUCAAGCGCAUUGAAAGAGUACUUCCUACUGGUACUUCUUUGACCAUUGUUGGUGAGGCUGUCAAGGAUGACAUUGGAACAAUUCGGAUCCAGAAACCCCAUAAAGGGCCUUUCUAUGUAUCUCCAAAAACCAUUGAUGAACUCAUUUCCAACCUUGGCAAGUGGGCAAGGUGGUACAAGUAUGCAUCUUUUGGUUUGACGGUGUUUGGUGUAUUUCUAAUCACCAAUCGUAUGAUACAAUAUGUAAAGGAGAGAAGGCGCAGAUGGGAAUUUCAGAGGAGGGUUCUGGCUGCGGAAGCUAAGAGAUUAGGUCAGGAUAACGAAGAUGCAAAUAGGAAAGCCAAAGAUGGAUCAGAAACAAAGAGAGAUCGUGCUAUGCCAGAUCUCUGUGUUGUAUGUCUUGAGCAGAAGUAUAAUUGUGUUUUUGUUCCGUGUGGUCACAUGUGCUGUUGUAUGUCAUGCUCCUCACCAUUGACCAGCUGUCCUCUUUGCCGUAAACGGAUUGAGCAGGUGGUGAAAGUCUACCGCCAUUGAAAUUAUGCUUAUGAGACCUUAUUAAUAUAGCUGAUUAGAAAUGGAAAUCAAGAUCUUGAUUCUUUUACAGGAAACUAGAUUUGAUAUAACCUUAAACGCUCCUAAUGCUAAUCAGUUAUUGGUAUCUGUAAACGAAAAAUUGUUUUACAAUCUAAUAAUCAAUUAUUGUUAUCUGUAACUGAAAAAUUGUUUUGUAAUACGAUAUAUAAUUUAAACUGUAAAAUAAAAAACUCGUUUGUAA